AUGGUCCGGCAUUCGCUGCCGUCUGCAGAGGAGUCAACAGUCCUCAUAAACAACUAUUGCAGUGAACAUCACCAAGGCAAGCUUCUAUGUACGCUUGACCCAGUUAAGGGCCGUACGCUGCGUGCCACUCGGGGCUUUGAAGUUGGCGAACUCAUUCUUCAAGAGCCUCCACUGCAUGCAGUCCGCCUUGACCCCGAAAACCAUGCAUGCACCAAGUUGAUGCAACUAUGCGAGCGGCAAGGCUUCACACAUCCGGCAAUUUGGUACUGGUGCGCCGUGAAUUCAGUUUUGGUGGAGGGGAGAGAUAAGCCAGUUGACGGCCUUCAGGCAAUUAGUAGCCGCCAGUAUGACCUUCUCCGAAUUCUCUUUAUACCUGAGGCGGUGAAACCUAGCACUGAAGCGGUUACUCUUGUGGAUUUUAUGGGCCUCCGUGGAAUAGUUGAGGACAUUGACAUGGAAAUAAUGAUUCAAGUGUGGCUGCACAACUGUUUUGAGCACCACCAGUCGCCUGAAGGCUACGCGAUUUAUUUUAUGCCCUCUUUCUGUUCUCACUCAUGUCUUCCCAACGCCCUCUGGUGCACAGACAAUGACUCCAACUUCCGCUUCUUCCCGCGAACAACUAUUCGAGCGGGAGAUGAAGUGACGCUGACAUACUUGUCAGAAGAUGACAUGCUUCGCAGCACCGCACACCGGCGACAACUGCUUGAAGGCGCAAAGGACUUCAAGUGUAUGUGCGAACGCGUGAAUGAGACAGGAACGGAGGAAUUGUUUGACGGGGCGCUUCUGAAAACUGCGCAGGAAGCGGCUGUGCCUGAGGUGCAGGGGUUCAUGCAGUGCAGCAGGAGCACCUCCGAGUCCCCCAUUCCAGACGAAAGAGCGCCUGACACCUGGAUACAGCCGUUGGCGCAGCAGAGGAUGUACCCUGAAACUGCACGGGGUCCAGCCGGACAAGAUGGAGACAGGCAGAUUCCAGUAGAGGCCCCAACAAGCAUGAGCCUUCAGACAAUUUGGGCGCGGCUGUUGUUGGCUGAGUUGCGGGAAGGCACCCCGCUGGGAGAAGGGCCAAGCGCUGCUUCAGUCGGUGCUUCUGGGGCAGCUGGUGCCUGCUUGACGUCGCCUUUUUUCAGCAAAACAAGCGGCUUGACAUCGGCUGAAAUUGCAUCGCAGUUGCUGCAGGCCCCUCAGAGUGGCUGCUGCUGCUUUUGCCGGACGCUGUGGACAAACAGCCAGCGGCAGCGGGCCCUUGCUGUGGAAAGUUUACUUGAAGGCGUUGCCAACAGUUUAGACAAUCCCGAAUCUAACCUCCGUGACGACUUGCAUUCCCCGGCAAACAGCUUGUCGAGUACCGUCGAAGGCUCAGAUGGAGCCAGCCAUGAUACGAGUAAUAACAAUUACGACACAGAUGCAGGAGCUCAGCAGUUGCUGCAGCAGCUCGAAGUGCACGAACUGAUGCAUAUUAUGAAGAAAAAGUGGCAUCUGUUGGACAAGAGGGAAAGACGCGUAGUCGACUCCAUUAUCAAACUGACAUUCCACACGCACUGGCUCGUCGCCCACUGGUGUCGAUUUUUGGAAUCAAUAUCGACGGCCCGCCGAAAGCUGUUGCACCUUGACCGCCUAAUAUGGCAGUACCGUAACCUCUAUCCUGGACUGACACCGGCGCUUGCGUGGGCAAUAUGGGACGUAGCGCAAGCGUUCUUUUCUCUAAAGGAUAACUCUAAGCUCAGGAAAUCUGUCGGGUUCAGACGCUUUGCCGACCAGUGCAUCGUCAGCUCUUACAACGAGUCUGUGUUCAUUUUGACCAAGCUUUUUGGAUCUGACGGAUCGUUCGCACUCUCUAUUGUCAACAACUACUCCGAAUCCGUUAAUGAGUGCUUGGAAAGGGUUGUAGGGCAACCCGCCCCCAUAAUGCCCACAAUAACGGAAUAUUCUGGAGGCUGCCACGGCCCUCAUUCUUUGGGAAUGCAGCUAGGGCAGCCCAUUGAACUUCCGCAAGUCUGGCCGUGGUAUAUCACAGAUUCCUUGGCUUAG